AUGCACCUCUUUGGUGGGCAGCGCAGUAAAAGAGACACAGCAGAGACGAAGACGAAGAAGAAGAAGAAGAAGAAGAAGAAGGCUGCAGGAGUUGCCUACCGAGAGAGAGGCGACAAGAAGGGACCGAAGAGGCGCUGGCUGGAUGGUUGUUGGACAGAUAGAGAGAGAGCUAAGCUGGAGAAGCAGAGAAGAAGCCAGGAGUCAGUCAACUGCGCAGCUGGUUUAAGUAGUCAGAUAGCAGUGAGAAAAGAGAGACAGAGAGCAGUGAAGGAAGAGAGCAGCUGUCAAGAGGGGAGAAGGCCACCAGGAGCCACAGCAGAGCUCGGAGGAGGCCAGCAGAGAGCUCGAGAGCAUGGAAGCAGAGAAGCAAGAGACUUACCUGUGACUGCUUGA